AGUUUCAGUUGGAAUACGGUCAGCGGGGUGGUUGAACAAUAUAACUAAAGUAAAAAAUUAAGUUUAAGUAAAGUGCUUGGGUGGUUAGGAUUUUCAGAAUCCAACUAAGUUUUCAAUUAAACUACACAAUCCUUUGUAGGAUAAUUGAGAAAAAUAAAAAUAAAUACUAUCUGUGAUUUAAUAUUGAUUUUUUUAAGAUACUUCUAAUAAAUUUUGUUUAAUUUAAGUGAAUUAAAAAAAAUAAUUUUUGUAAUUAGUUUCAAAAGUGCGAUCAAAAAAAUAUCAAUUUCAAAAAUGAUGUUGCUUCGAAAAGGAUUUACCACUUCAGUGUUUGUGACAAACAGUGUUGCACCUAAAUUGAAUCUUUGGAGGUGCCUCAGCUCUCAAAAUGGAUUAUUUGUAAGUUGGAAAAAAAAGGAUCACAAAUAUAGCAAAAGUAUCCAACAUGAUAAACGCGGUUUAAUCUCGGAGAAGAAAACGGUUACAUUCACCGAGAGGAGUCAAUUAAAAUAUGCCAAGCGAUUGGUUGUUAAACUUGGAAGCGCUGUCAUCACCCGAGAGGAUAGCCAUGGACUUGCCCUUGGACGAUUGGCGUCAAUUGUCGAACAGGUUGCUGAAUGUCAUUUGGAAGGACGAGAAGUAAUGAUGGUUACCAGCGGAGCUGUGGCAUUUGGUAGUCAAAAGCUUGCACAAGAAUUAUUAAUGUCUCUGUCAAUGAGAGAGACUCUAUCACCAAAGGAUCACCAUAAUGAAGCUCCAGUUCUUUUGGAACCUAGAGCAGCAGCUGCUGUUGGACAAUCGGGAUUGAUGUCCUUAUAUGAUGCGAUGUUUGCACAAUAUGGAGUUAAGAUAGCUCAGGUCCUUGUGACGAAACCAGAUUUCUAUAACGAAGAAACAAGGAAUAAUCUCUUCUGUACGCUUUCGGAAUUGAUUAGUUUGAACAUCGUUCCAAUUAUUAAUACAAACGAUGCCGUAUCCCCGCCAAUGUUUAUUAAGGAUGAUGAUCUACCUGCAGGAUCUAAGAAAGGUAUUGCUAUAAAGGACAAUGACAGCUUGGCAGCAAUGCUAGCCGCAGAAGUGCAAGCUGAUUUACUAAUUUUGAUGUCAGACGUCGACGGUAUCUACAACAAGCCGCCAUGGGAGGAUGGUGCCAAGUUGAUGCACACCUACACCUCCAACGAUAUGCGAAGCAUUGAGUUUGGCAAAAAAUCAAAGGUUGGAACUGGUGGCAUGGAUUCCAAAGUCAAGGCAGCUACCUGGGCUCUGGAUCGUGGGGUUAGUGUUGUCAUUUGCAACGGUAUGCAAGAAAAGGCUAUUAAAACGAUAAUUGCUGGCAGGAAGGUGGGUACGUUCUUCACCGAGUCCACCGAAGGAUUUUCCACUCCUGUCGAAACUUUAGCUGAAAAUGCACGAACUGGUGGUCGUCAAAUGCAAGCUCUAUCUCCUGAAGAGCGGGCUAAUGCUGUGAAUACACUGGCUGAUCUUUUGGUUGCGAAACAGGAUUUCAUUUUAAGUGCUAAUGCAUUAGAUUUGGCAGAAGCUGAGAAGAGUGGACUGGCGAAGCCAUUGAUGUCACGCUUAUCAUUGAAUUCGGGCAAGUUGAAGAAUUUGGCAGUUGGAUUGAAACAGAUUGCUGAUUCAAGUCACAAGAAUGUUGGUCGUGUUUUGAGACGAACAAAAUUAGCCAACAACUUGGAACUUACACAAGUCACAGUGCCAAUUGGUGUACUUUUAGUUAUUUUCGAAUCACGUCCAGAUUCAUUGCCACAAGUUGCAGCCUUGGCAAUGGCAUCAGCUAAUGGUUUGUUAUUGAAGGGUGGCAAGGAAGCAGCUAAUAGUAAUAAGGCACUGAUGGAAUUGGUCAGGGAGUCAUUGGCAACAGUUGGUGCUGAGAAAGCAGUUUCUUUAGUUUCCACACGAGAGGAAAUUAGUGACUUACUUUCAAUGGAAGAUCAUAUUGAUCUUAUUAUUCCAAGAGGUUCAUCGGAAUUGGUGCGUAAUAUUCAAGAACAAUCAGUUCACAUUCCAGUAUUGGGACACGCUGAAGGUGUUUGUCACGUUUACAUUGACAAAGAAGCCGAUUUGAAUAAGGCUUUGAAAAUUGCAAGGGAUGCCAAGUGCGAUUAUCCAGCAGCAUGCAAUGCCAUGGAAACUCUUUUGAUUCACGAGGACCUCAUGCACGGAACUAUUUUCACUGACGUCUGCAACAUGCUGAAACGAGAGGGAGUGAAAAUCUACUCCGGACCAAGACUUAGCCAACAACUUACCUUCGGUCCACCGGCCGCCAAGAGUUUGAGACACGAAUAUGGAGCUCUGGAAUGUUGCAUUGAAAUAGUUAAGGACUUAGAUGAUGCCAUUCAUCAUAUUCACACCUUCGGAAGUAGCCAUACCGAUGUUAUUGUUACUGAAGAUGAGAGUGCCGCUGGUAAAUUCUUGUCAUCUGUUGACAGUGCUUGUGUCUUCCAUAAUGCCAGUUCAAGAUUCGCCGAUGGAUUCCGAUUUGGAUUGGGUGCUGAAGUUGGUAUUUCGACAGCAAGAAUUCAUGCACGUGGCCCAGUUGGGGUUGAGGGAUUGUUGACAACAAAAUGGAUUCUUAAGGGUAGUGAUCAUGCAGCAGCUGAUUUUGCUGAAGGUGGUGAUCGUGUUUGGUUGCACGAGAAUUUGCCAAUUUCUUAGGCAAAAUACUCAGAAGCUCUUAGGUACUUUUUUUCUGUUUAAUGGGGACCAAUUUUUGUUUUUUGAAAUAAAUGAGAUAUUAUAUUUAGUUCUUUAAAAUUA